CGCAGGACGGACGCGUACCGAAAGAGUUCGUUGAUGUACGUAAUUCCCAACAAUUGAGUUCCAAACUGGUCCAGGCCAAUUAAAAGUUGUCAUACCCUAACCACGCUGCGCUGGCAGCAACCUACAGAGUGUACAAUCCAAUUUUCAGUACAUCUCUCUCUCUCUGUCUGUGUCCCAGUCUAUGGUGAGGAGGGCUCAUAUAGUUAGCCGGGUGUUGUGAAGGAUUAAACAUUUGUUGUUUGGAGUUCGCUGGGUCGGUUGUCACACGAAACAGGACGUGAAAGUUCCGGUGUGUGCGGUGUGAAUCGGUUGCACGGUUAGGUGAAUUAAAUCACAAGGCAAGGAUAACAAUAUUUUAGCGUGGCAUCGCGCGCGUCACUCAGUGCUUUAGAAUGAGAAGUUUGUGGCCGUUAAUUAUAUUAUUUGCGUAUGGCGUUGCGAUGAUUGACGCAGGUCGUGGCAGAGGCGGCGGCGGCGGCGGUCCUCGGCCAAGUGUUGGAAUGUCGUACAACGCAAGCUGCAUCAACCCAAACGACGAGGCCGGCCACUGUGUCCUGGUGCAGGAGUGCAAGCUCGUCCUGUCGGUGCUGCGAAAGGAAACUCUUACCAACGACGAUGUGGCAUUUCUGUACAGCAGUGAAUGUGGCAAGCUGGAGGGCAAAAGUCUAGUCUGCUGUCCGAGCUAUUCCAUUGCCGGCAAUCACAGUCACAGCCAGCUCGACCCCGUUAACCGAGUGGAUCAGGCGGUUCAGGGCCAGGGUCACGAGGUCACCGAGCAGGAAUCCAAACCAGUGCAGGACCAGUGGAGCUUGCUGCCACAGCCUGGGGACUGUGGGAUCCAACCGAGCUAUCAACUAUUUGGAGAGAAUUUCACCAAGCUGGACGAGCAACCGUGGACGGCGCUGGUUCACUACGGCAAUAAACCGUACGAGUUCAGUUUCGAGUGUGGAGGUGCCCUCAUCAGCUCACGUUACGUGCUCACCGCAGCCCACUGCGUUACCAACAGAACCAGAUGGAACAAACUGACGGUGCGCCUCGGCGAGUGGGACACCGAAUCGACGGUGGAUUGCAUCUCCAUCGGAGACUUUAGCGAGUUCUACUGCGCCGAUCCGGCCAUAGACGUGGCCGUCGAAAGCGUGCUUGUCCACGAGCAGUACGCCCGCCAUCAUCGGCCCCAGCUGAAUGACAUUGCACUGCUACGGCUGGCGGAACCCGUCGCCACGAGUUCGUGGGUUCGUCCGGUGUGCCUGCCGGAACGGUCCGUGGCGGCCAAGGGCGAUGACCAGGUGUUUACGCUGGCCGGAUGGGGGAACAACGGGUGUGGUAACACGAGCCGUUACAAGGUUCGGUCCAAGUUAAACGCGCUUAGCCAGGAGCAGUGCAAGGGCAAUCUUCCGGCAGGCUUCCGAAGGGCCAACGAGUACCUCUGUACGGUUGCGGUCAACGAGGGUGACAAAUGUCACGCGGAUUCCGGUGGAGCCGUGACCAGUACACGGCAAGUUGCGGGCGUUGGAGUAGUUCACGAGCUGGCCGGAAUCCUGAACCAUAUGAAGGAGUGUCAAGCCAGCAAGCCAAUUGGCAUUUUCACCAACGUGGGACAGUACACCGAGUGGAUUGUAAGCAAAUUGGAACAAUUCCCAUCAUUUCACGACCCAACUAAACUGGUUUGCGAAGUGAGUGCCCUCUCUCGGAUCGGGAAAUAUCCAAUCUCUGUGGCUAUAUGUGUGUUAGCACACUUACCGGUGCGCAAACUGGUUGUUGUGCUUUUGUUUUGUUCAGAUCAUUCGCGUCAACGACGCCGGGUGACGACCAGUGCCACGGUCAUCGGUUCAGUAUUAGCAGGGCAUUGGCAUAGAGGAAACCGAUCUGCUCGAUCGUGUCCAGCAAUGGCAAACGUUGUUUUGGUUCUGGUUGCAGCCGCCCUAACCGGCUUCUUGCAGGGUUCCAGUACCGUAGUGGCGCAGUAUUGGUCCAGCUGCAAGACGCCUGUCAAUGAAGUGGGAUCAUGCGUCCUGGUAGCGGAAUGCAACUUUAUUCGCCAGGUGCUUCAGAAACCUAUUCUGGGCCAGAAUGAUAUCCGAUUCAUCGAGGCUAGCCGAUGUGGUAUCAAGGACAGGAAGGCUCUGGUAUGUUGUGCCAAGCCUUCAGGAUCUCCGCCAGCGGGCUCGUCUCCUCCGGUUGCUCAACCGGUUACAUCUAGGAUCGACCAAGCUCCCUCAAACGUGGACAAACGCCACUUACUGCCCAAAUCUCCCGUAUGUGGAGUUCAGUACAGUGACCGAAUUGUGGGUGGAGAGCGGACAAAAAUUGACGAAUAUCCCUGGACAGCACGUGUUCAACACUUUGAUAAUCGCUAUGGGGAGACUAAAUUCCACUGUGGAGGAUCGCUGAUCAACGAGUUUUAUGUGCUGACCGCGGCCCAUUGCGUCUCGGGGAUUCCCCGCCACUGGACUGUUAACGCCGUUCGCUUGGGCGAAUGGAACACCGCCACCGAUCCGGACUGUGGUGAGGAUCCGGACGACUGCUACGACCGGGUGCAGGAUAUCGACGUUGCCAAGAUCGUGCAGCACGAGAACUUUAUCAACACUAAAACCGAAGUGCAUAAUGAUAUCGCGCUGUUGCGGUUGGCCCGGAAGGUCGUCUACUCGGAUACGGUGGUGCCGAUCUGCUUGCCGCUGGAUGGUAGCUUUGCCAGCAGGCCGUACGAUUCGCUGAAGAUGUUCGUUGCAGGAUGGGGACAGACGGAAGAUGCUAGCGGUAGUCAGUUCAAGCUGUACGUCGCGCUGAAGGGCGUCCCGGUGGAGCGUUGUCGCGCCGAAUUCCCAACUGCGCGCAUUGACGACCGGCAGAUCUGUGCCGGUGGCGAAGCCGGCAAGGAUUCCUGCAAGGGAGACUCGGGCGGACCGCUGAUGGACCUGGUCGUAUCCCAGGGACAGGCCGUUUACUAUCUGGCCGGGGUGGUCAGCUUUGGCAAGCAGUGUGGACUGGCGGGCGUUCCGGGGGUGUACACCAAGGUGAACCGGUUUGGCGAUUGGAUUCUGAACCAUCUGGAGCCGUGAGAUUGAGAUUUGAACUGAAGAGACGAAUAAAGGCAAACCUUUUUAUUUAAUUUCAAAA